UAGCUUAUCGAGUGGGAAGAACCGAGCGUACAGAACGUACAGAACUUGAUAGCCGAGGUUGCUGACAGAAUGCUUGACAUAUCCUUCCAAGCACAUCCAAGAGAUGGCAUGAUAGUGUAGUUUCUGAAUGGUUGGCAUUAACGUGAAUAGUAUUUAUAGUUUUAUACUAAUUACGAAAUUCGUAACAUUGCCGGUGUAUGACACGUGUUUUUCAGUACAUGAUGAGAUCCAAACGAGGAAAAGAGUAUUAGUCGACGUUCUUUUUGUUGUAAUUGUGCACGAGGUGAAAUGUUUCUGCACAUGCCACGUACUAGUUAUACUUUAUCUGUUCGUUGAGGUACUUUUUGUUGUGACGUGUAUUAUUAGUAUAUUCACUGGGAACAUGACAUUCUUGGGACACAUUUCGUGUGUUUUAACACUGCUAGUUUUCUAUUUUGAUUACAUUACGGGCAUAGGAGAUGUUAUCUAUGCUGUAAACGCAGGGGGCGAAGCCCACAUUGAUAGUCAAGGAGUGAGAUAUGAAAGAGACCCAUUACAUGGAAAAGUAGGAACAGCAUCAGAUUAUGGGAAACGUCUUUUGAUCGGUCGUGUGCCUCCAGAAGAUCAUAUCUUGUAUCAGACAGAAAGAUAUCAUCAUAGUACGUUUGGGUAUGACAUUCCAAUUAAUGAAGAUGGUGAUUAUGUUAUGAUUUUAAAAUUCUGUGAAGUAUACUUCAAUGCCCCAAACAUGAAGGUUUUUGAUGUGGUGUUAAAUGGUGAUCAUACAAUAGUUCCGGACUUGGAUAUUUAUGACCGAGUGGGGAAUGGCAUUGCGUAUGAUGAGCACAUCCCCUUCAGUGUUGUUAAGGGACGACUAUACUACAAUGAAGAAGAGUCGGACAUCAGAGGUGGAAAAAUCAGGGUCGAAUUUAUUAAGGGCUACAGAGAUAAUCCCAAGAUCAAUGCUAUCUGUGUUUUGAAAGGAAAACUUGAAGAUGUCCCAAAACUACCUCCUAUACCAAGUGAACCAGACCCUGAGGAAUAUCGGGAAGAAAUAGAAGAUAAAAAAUCUGCAAAGAACCGGCGACCAAGUGGACCACGAACCCCAGAUCCAUAUUCUAUUGAUGACUCAUCGAUCAUGCUGCCUGUGUUUGUUGCCAUUGGUGCUUUCAUACCUCUACUGUUUUGUUUAUGCAAGCUCUGAUUGCAGCUGAUCUCAUGAUUCACAGUGAGACAGAAAGUUAUGGGAAGAAGAGUAAGUCAAGGGAUGUUCACAAGAGGCCUAAUUGUUACAAUUAAAACAUUGUAAUUUGACAUCUGUGCCAUUUUGUACAAAAUGUUAACUUCAGUUUGUUAUUGCCACUUCUUUUCAUCACUAAGAUUCUAAUGUGAAACUUUGUUCUUUAUAACAGUAUUGAAGCUUAACUGAACUUCUAUUUUUAUUUUCUUUCUCUCUUACUUUCCUUUCCUUCCAUAGUUUUCUCCUAUUUGUUUUGUUUUGUGCCUUCUCACUGCUGUUUUCAUCAUAAAGACAUAGGAUAUUCUCUGAAUUCUGGUACAUAUCUUUGUGUUUACAAGAUCACAGUAUGAUAUCCAGAGUUUUCUUAGGAAUGUGAUAAAUACACUACUUUGGUCCUUGAAUUGCAGAAAAUAGCAAUGCAUGUUAUACAUUAGUUCCUAUAGGGAGGUUAUUGUGUGAUGUUUUAUGACAUGAAUGCUUAGAGAUUGUGUUUAUUAACAAAAACAUAGAGCAUAUGCAAGAAAUCUAACAGCCUCUUCUGCUUACAUUCAUUUCACUUCAUUGUUGGCAUACAUCACUUAUAAUGAUGUGUUUUUUUUUUGCAUGCUUCUUGUGUAUAUGAAGACUUAACAAAAAAUUGUCUGAACUGGAAUCAUUGGCACACAGAACACAUUGUGUUUAGUAUUCUCAGCCACAUCACUAGAUGUCAUCACAGUGAUUUUUACUGUUUUGUGAACAGCGCAGCUUUCCUGUUAAUAUUUAUC